CUCCCUCUGAAAAUCGAUAAACUCCCGACUCGACAGACAAUUCCAAUUCCAUAUGUGAAACUCACGAAUAUGUAACGCUAAAUUUGUGUUUUGCUUGUUUCUAAACUAGUACAAGAAUAAUAUAACACGAUGUUAGAAGGUGCUGUAGCUAGAGUGUUAAACCAACUAUUGGGUAAAUAUGUCGUCGAUUUGGAUACAGAAAAUCUCAACGUCGGCAUUUUCUCUGGACAGGUACAAUUGACAGAUCUAAAGUUAAAACCAGAGGCUUUGUAUGAAUUAAACCUUCCAAUCGAAGUAAGAGUAGGUACAAUCGGCAAAAUACGGCUCCAAAUCCCAUGGACGAGCCUAUGGAGCCAACCCAUCAUCAUCAACAUAGAAGACCUACAUAUAGUAGCCGGUCCUAUAGUUUCAAAAGAAAAAUUCGAUCCAGAGAAAAACAAACGACUCACGAGAGCAGCCAAGAAGAAAGCUUUAGCCGAUUUGGACGACAAGGAUAUUCUAGGUGGUCCUACGUCGUUUUCGGAGCAUCUGAUCACGAACAUUUUAAAUUACUUUCAAUUGAACAUUACUAAUAUUCAUAUCAGGUACGAGGAUAACUCUAGUUUGAAGGUUCCAAUAGCUGCAGGUUUGUGCAUUGGAUCGAUUACUGCAGAAUCCACUAACAGUAAAUGGAGGCCUAUAAAAUAUGACAGAAAUGCAGAAACUUGUUAUUACAUGGUGAAACUGGAAGCUUUCUCAUUCUAUUGGAAUACAGAAGCAACUUUAAAAACUUGGGAUCUUCCAUCUCAAUACUAUCAAUGGAGAAACACAAUGUCUGCCAGUCUUCAAAAUUAUGCUAUUAAUGAACAGGACUUUAAGUUUGUCGUGAACCCCAUGUCAUCGAAAAUAAAAAUGGUAAUCAACAAAUCACAAAACGGCCAAGUUUCCAAAAUCUACACCGACAUCGUAGUCCAAGACUGCAACAUAGAACUCUCCAAAGAACAGUACGACUCAAUUUUCGCCAUGGCGCUCAUCAUGGAAAGAAUGCUGAUUAGCUGGCAGUUUCUGCAGCACAGACCAGAGGAAAAAAUCGUAGACAAUCAAAAAAUUUGGUGGAGAUACGCCAGUUACGCUUUGCUGGAGCAGAGAGUGAAGCCGUACACUUGGAGCCGAAUCAGAAGGGUCAGGCAGCAUUACAAGGAGUACAUGGAGACUUACAAGCAAAUUUUGUUGAAUCCGAAUGAUACGGAGUUGAAGAUGGAUUUGCAAAAAUAUGAGGAUCAUUUGUCGGUUAUAAAUGUUGUUUUGGCGAGGCAGCAAGCAAGACUUACGGUUCAAGAAAGAAGCCUUAGUGAAAAAAGUUUCUGGUCUAUGUUACCUUCGCCAGAAAGGACACUAUUAUGUGAAAAAAUUGGGUAUUCCGAUAAUAAGGAAGAAGAAGAGAAUCAUAAAGAAACAAUAGAGCACACUUACAACUUUCGCUUAGGAAUACUCAGCGUAACUGUGUCAACCAAUUACAAAGAACUAGCCGUUCUAACCAUGACUCAAACUGUGUUCAGUCUUAAGCCAAAUUAUACGGAAAAAUCGUAUAGAGCCUCUUUAAAGAUAGAGGGCGUAAUCAUAGAGGGGACAAGUAACGAGGACCAUCUGAUGCCAAUCAUUUCUUCUGAACAUUUAAGCGAUAGUCCGGCUUAUUUUCUUAGAGUAGAAUUAGAUAAACUGCCGAAAAAUAAUGUUUGUAAAUAUAAAUUAAAUGUUAACAUGGAUUCUGUCGAAUGUAUAUACAAUAAGCCGUCUAUUGAAGAACUAGAAUCUUUUCUGACAACUGAGAAUAGUCCUACCAUGAGCUUGUUUAAUUAUCUAGUGGACAAACCUGCACAAAUGAUGCAACUUGUUAAAAAAAAAUUAUUAGACGGUUGGGAGAUAAAUCUGAACGUUAAAAUUCCGUAUGUUGUUAUCCCAGAAGUUAGUUCGUAUUUGAAUGCUGAUUAUUUAUUAGUAGUUGAUCUCGGAAGAUAUUCUGUACAAACCGAAUUGUGUCAAGAAGCCUAUACCGAUAACGCCACGCAGAUGGAAUUAGAGGAACAAUUGUACACUAAAGUGCACGUGAACUGCACUGAUUUUCAAAUUUUGUUCUGUGAUACCAGUGACAACUGGAAAGAUGCUAGGAAAGAAAAGUGCAGCGAGCUGCAUGUCAUUCCUAAAACUAGUUUUUCUUCUAUAUGUGCCCUUUCUGUAGCUAACUUGAAGACAAUACCAAGCCACAAGUUGAAUGUUACCUUUCCAAAUUUAAAAAUGAACAUUUCCGAAAGAAAGAUACUGCUCUUGUUAAAAUUUUUCAACAUCGAUCAAAUUAAAAUCAACAUAACUCAAGAAAAUUUGGAACCUAAAAUAUUCGUCAGAGAUAAAAUAAAGGGAAGGAUUACCAGUAGCUAUUUAAGAAAAGUUCAAAACAAGAUGAGAAUCCUGAGUACUUACACAAAAUAUAAGAGAUACAAGAUCGAUAACUACAGUACGGAUAAACUUAAAAAAGACAGAAGUAUAUCAAGAAAUUGCUAUGGAGACAUGAACGAGGCGUGGGCUCGAUGUGUGGAUUUGCCUGGUUUAGAAGAUAACAUAUCACCUAAUAACAAUAUAAAUAUUUUGUACGGUUUUAUUAUCAACGAGCUUUCAAUAACGUUCUCUCGAUCAAGUGACAGCACCGAUAGGCAAUAUUUGAUGUUACGCUUAGGAUUAUUCAGCAUGGAUGUGGCUUUAAUGACCUACGGUCCAGCGUAUCAAAUAACACUCAAUUCCAUUAUGAUAACUGAUAAAUUGCAUAACACACCCAGCGGACAGUAUUUGGACCUCGUGUUCAGUCCAGUUGCAAAUAACCAAGACGUUAUGACCAUAUUAUUCAGAAAAGUGAGUGCUAGUUGCCCAGACUUUUGGUCACAUUUUCACGGAGUGGAGACCUCAUUGGUAGCUAAUUUGGGAGUAAUUAAUACGUUACUUCAUCAGGAAGCCGUGCGCACAAUUUUUCAAUACUCAAAAUAUAUAAGCAAUAAGAUAAAAUCUCAAACAUCUCCUUUCUUGAAACAAACCUUAAUAACUAUAAUAAACAGUGUCAGAAACGUUCUUCAUGCCAAAACUGAGACUCCAGUGCCGCCUGGUUCAAUUAAAUUUUCCCAUUCGGCAAGAUUGAGUGAUCUCAUUGUUACAGUAUGCGAUUCUGACUUCGAUAUUGUUAAAAUUGAACUAUCUGGACUUGAGAUGGAUUUCCUGUUUAGAGCUAACGAAAGAUUUGUGUUCAGAUCAUUUUUGAGUAAUUUCACCGUAGAGCAUUUAUCUGACGUUACGUUGUAUUCUAAGGUUCUGUAUACAGAUGAAGACAAAGUAUUUGACAUAAAAUACGUAAGAAAUUCAACAAACCUUGGGUAUAAUAACGAUAUAUCUCCAAAUGUUGACGAAACUUUCAUUGAUGGUAGUUUCAAAUUUCAAUUAGGAAGAAUCCAUUGCACAUUCUUGUAUAAGCUGAUCGUACAACUUCAGCGAUUUGUGAUGAACCUGGAAGCAGUGCCAUUUUUAGAAAAACUCUUCGUAAAAUUUAACAAAAUGUUCAUCGAUAUUACCAAGACUUUAAAAAAUAACACGAAAAUAAAUUUGGCGAUUAACGUUAGCGGGCCUGUUUUUCUGUUUCCACAAAAAUCUUCAUCUCCAAAUGUUUUAGUAAUUGAUACAGGUCAACUUAAAGUUGAGAAUUUCUUCAAAGAUUACCCACAGGAAGUUACUGAAAACAUUCUAGUAAAACUAAAUGAUGUAAUGGCUUCUAGGGGAGUGAUGACAUUGACAUCCACUUUGGAAAUGCAGGAAACCCUCAUAGAACCAAUUAGUCUAAACAUGGACAUAAAGAGAUUUACCAACUCUAAACUCCCUCAAAGCAAUUGGGACAUCGACAGUAUCAUUGAUAGCAUUCAAAUAACUUUGGGUCAACGUGAUCUUACAACAAUUAUGUCUAUCUAUACUGAUAAUAUUGGAGAAGGGAAAAUUUUAGACUUAUUUCCUGCACAAAUAAAGUCGCCAACUGAUUUUCCGGGACCAGACGAAACUGUCAGAAAUCUGGAAGCGUUUUUCUGCGAACCCAAACAAAAAAACGUAGUUGCUAAAUGUACCAUAGAAGAAAUUAAAGUGAUAUUAUUUUUUGAUUCUGGCGAAUUGCUUAGUUCGCCAAUAAGAGAUUUAAAUCACGGUUUGUGUAAAUUUGAAAUUAUGGACAUUGAUAUGUCGUUUAUGGUGUAUAAUGAUAAAAGUUUAGAUGGUAAAUUAUCUGUGGAUACUAUGUAUAUAGAGGAAAUCGGACCAGAAGCUAAUGCUGUAGAUAAAAUCAUUUUGCAGUCUCCUGCUGACGACAAUAAGAACAACAAUUGCCACAUAACAGUCAACAAACCCCCAAUAGUUGACGUAACGUUCCACCAAAACAAAACGGGAGACAAAUCCGCAGACGUAAUUAUCGGCAAACUGAGCUUAAGUUUAUCCAUACCCUUUUCAGAAAAAUUAGCUCUAUUCUUAAUCGAGUGCCUUCCUAAAGAAAAUGUAGAAGUCGGUAUAGUUAACCCAGGCUACGAGGCGGAAGUAUAUCACACCGUAGCCAAUACAUCGUACCUAACCAGCCUUACCUUAUCUGUUAGAAUUAAUAAACCUGAGAUUAUAUUCCUUGUUGAAACCACUUCUAAUAAGAAGAGAUAUUUUAUUACUAAAAGCGAGAUUUUAAUAGAUUAUUCUAGGCACGCUAAUAGAUUGAAUUUAGUGAUGUCUUUAUCAGGCUUGCACAGCCUUUUCUACGAUUUAAACGAAUAUUCAGAAGAACCGUACGUCAUCCUGAAACAAUGCGACAUAGAACUAUGUAAAUCCUGUUCUUCUGAAUCUGGAGAGAAGAUCACAAUGGCGAUAUCUUCAAUUUACUUAAAAUUAUGCAGCGAAGUUGUUCAUUCUUUUAACGAUAUCUUAAAUGAUAUCGUAGAACACUUUAAAGUACCGGAAGUCGAAGUUCCGAAGGCAGAAAAAGUUGUGAAGACGGCCAAAACUCCAGAAGCUGAAGAUCUAUGGGAACCAAAAAAAUUAACCGACAUGGUUUCACCUUGUUCUAAUUAUGACGAUCUAAAAACUGAUAACACAAUUUUCGUCCACGAAAUUCUCUUGGUUCCCAAAUUCGAUGUUGUCGCUAUAUUCGAGUUAGAACAAGUUCAAGUGUUUUUAGUUAAAAUUACCGUUGAAUUAACUCUCUACGACUGGUCGUCUAUUCUUAAUUGUACUUGUGAAAUGACCCUACAAGCUAAUUAUUUUAAUGAAAAUAUUCAAAGCUGGGAACCCUUUAUUGAACCAAUAGUUAUAGAUGAACGUGAGUACAAACCUUGGGAGGUUAUAAUUAAAGUAUUCCAAGAUAAAUCGAUGCCCAUGAUGGAUGACGCUGAUCAGAAAAGUAAAGCUAAAUCUGUGACGAAAAGAGGACAUAGUAGGUCCGUGACUACAACAGAAGAUGAGGAUUCUGGUGAAGAUAUGAUGUAUUUGGAACCCUUAAAUCCGACUUACAAUGGAAGUAAUAGACGCGUGAAAACCAGUUUGUCAACUUUUCUCGAUGAUUCCGAUUCUGAAAACGAAGAUGGUGCUAUGGAAAGAUUGGCAGCUGCAAUUUCAGAUCUUUUCACAGGCGACUGGAACGAAAACGAAGACAGCGAGUGCGACCACUCCAGCGAAGGCGAAGACGACAUAGAAGAAUCGCAGAAACCGAAAGAAAAACGAAAUAUGGUUUUCAACAAAUCCUACUACGUACUUCUAGAUGCCAAAGAAAGUUUUAACGUGACGGUAACGCCGACGUUACUGCAAGUUCUGCACGAAUUAAUAACACAGUAUUCAAAUAAAAUAAUAUCAGUGAGGAAUAAUCGAAAGCUGAUAACGUUAAUGAACGACAUUGGACCUCAAUCAAAAAUUGAGCUGUUCGAGAAGAUAAGUUCCGAAGAAAGUAAAUUACUGUGUAUGAAAAAGUUUGAAAACGAAGAUUCUGUUCCUACCAGUCCUUCAAAAGGGAAUUAUUAUCUGCCUGAAUAUUUGGACAGCAAUUACGAUGACAGAGAUAGCUUUACUGAUGAAGGACGAGAAGACUUCGAUGUUACCUACGAUUUUGAAUCCUUGUCCAGUCUACAAUUUCCAGACGAAACUACUCCACAGCUAUACGAUAGAAUUAAUAAGAAUUUCAUGAAAAUAUUCGUUCCUAAUUUCUACCCAAUUCAAACCAAUUGUUCGAAAAGGAAUUGGGAAAAAUUAAUAAGACUAAACUCGAACAAUUCUGGCCAGAACUAUUAUUUAGCAGCGAAACAUAAUAUUGGAAAAAUUGGACGGAAAAUAGUUGUCAGUUCUCCCUUACAGAUAAAAAACGAGACUUGCUUUGCUCUAAGCGUGCUCUACCAACCAUCCAUCUUACAACAGUUAAAUUUAGAACCUCUUGGAGAUAUGACUAAUCCAUUUGAGACUACUAUGCGUAUUACUGUUAUUGAACCUCAAGAAGAGUACAAUGUCCCUCUACAUAUUGCGUACCAUUGCAAGCUUUUCAUUCAACCAGCUUAUGCAGAGGGUCACUACGCUUCUGAUUCCUGCAUAUGGUGGAAAGAUUUAGCAACUGAAAUGGAUAAUGCUCAUGAUUUACACUGCAAACCAAAAUCAGACUCAAAUGUAGAGAUAUUCUCGAUUCGUGUGAUGCUAAAACGCAAUAUAGAUAUCAAAAACAUUAAUCAUAGCACCAUACCAAAUUAUAUUAUACAUUUAUUACCGCCGUUACUAAUAACGAACUUCUUACCAUAUUCUUUGGAAGUUUUAAACGUCAGUUUGAAGCAAGUAAUAAAAGUGGAGCCUGGUGAAAAGAGCAGCGUUUAUUCUUUAGACUUUUCUAAAGAUCAAAAACUUUUGAUACGAUUGAAACACAAUUCGACCACUUGGACAGGAACUUUAAAUCUAACGCAGCAUUUAGAUGAAAAAAUUAUUCUACUUAGCACCGACAACAAGGAAUUCAGUAAUUUAGCUAUUAACGUUAAAAGUGAUAGGGAAGGAAGUUGCAAUCUAUUCUUUUACACGCCAUAUUGGAUUGCGAACAAAACUGGCUUGCCUCUGCAAAUUAAGGCAUCUGUAUCUAAUACAUUAUAUAAUUGCGUAAACGAAGACAUCUUGCUCUUUACCUAUAAAAGACAUGGAAAGCAAACUUUAAAUGUGAGAGUAUACGAUUCGAAUUGGUCAAAUGAAUUUGGGUUGGAAUGCGUAGGAACUACAGGGUUAAUUAUAUGCAAAGAUAUAGAAAGAAAAAAGAAGUAUAUGUUCUUUUUGAACACUAGAUUAUCAAGUAUUUGUCCAAGGCUUACGAAGAUUGUAACAAUUUUUCCUAGUUUCUUGGUUACUAAUAAUACGGACAAACCAUUAAGAUUCAUGGAACAUAACGAAAAGAGUGAUCUUUGGAUAGACUUGGCACCAUUUCAAACCAUGAUAUUCUGGCCGGAAACUUCCUCAAUGGAAAUGUAUGUUAAAUACAGAGACAGCAAAUUGAUUUCGCAUUCCUUUUUCAUUUCUAAUCAUCACAGGACUGUCUUAAGAGUCGAUAAAGGGGGUGCCAUUACAGUAGAAAUAACAGGUGGUAUAAACGAUUCUUUUAAAAUAACCUUCAACGAAUAUAAACCUGGUGAUGCUCCGGUUUUAGUGAAAAAUUACUGUGCAGAUUUGUUUCUAAAAAUCCAACAACAAGAUCUCAGUCCGGUAACUUUAUUGAACCCUUACCAUUCGCUGAUGUACACAUGGGAUGAUCCUACUAGACCACGUCGCUUAGUUUGGAACGUUUAUAAUAAUAAAGGAACUGGAUUUUCAGUGGACAUUACCAAAGAUGGAUAUGGCGAAGAAAAGAUUAGAAUCCACAGCGUGACGCCAAAUACAAGCUUGGUAGAGUCUUCUAGCAGUGACGACUCUGACAGCUCUGACACUACCCAGCACAAUCUAAAUAAAAAAAUCCACAAAGAUAAAAUAGUAAUCUACUGGUUGUGUUAUCGCGAAGGGCUGCAAAGAACUUUACUCUUAACCCAAGAUUUGAGGAUAUACAACUUGGGAAUGAAAUUAUUUUUGGAACGAUGUCAUUUAGAAGGUUUGGUGGCUCUAUCAGGUGUCGGUUUAUCCAUCUUUACGUCGGAAAAUGAUGCUAAAGAGCACGUUUAUGCGGCCAUUAGCGAUACCCCCGCUAUUUGGGAAGUCAACGUGGGUCAGAAAUGGAAAACUUUGACUUUAGAGCUAGCUUCGUGGGUGGAAGAUAAGUACCGGCUGCAUUAUAAAAAAUGUCAACUCAAAGAAUACGUACACAUCGAUUUCGAGAAAAUGUACAUGUUAAAACCGUUUUUCGCGGAAUUGAGAAGAAGUUACAGUCCUGCAGUUUACCUUCACUUUCGAAAAUCUCAUAACUAUCAGUAUUACAAUUUAAGACUGCAAUAUAUCCAAAUUGACAAUAAACAAACUAAUAACAUAGUUUUUCAUCCUAUACAUUCGCACGGGAUCAAAGAUUGUAGCCCGUUUGUGGACAUAGCUGUAUCAAAAACGUCUUCUAAAUCAGCCAGCGUUUACAGAUAUAUAAAGUUCAAUGUAGGAAAUUUCUUUUUGAACAUUGAAAACGAUUUGUUCUUGAAAGUGUAUAGUUUACUUAAGAAGACUAGGAAGUUUAAUGAUGACGAGCCUGGGUCUUAUGUCAAUGAAAUCAAGUUGAUACACAAGUCUAUAACGGCGACAAAUAAUGAAAUACCUCAAUGUGCUAUGUCUCUAAUAGAAUAUCUAUCGUUGACAAGUUUCGGAAUACAACUGAACAUUUCCAAUAAAACGCAAAUAAGUUUGGCAGGCAACAAAGGACCUUUUUGCAAAAUUUUAGAUUACCUCUUUCCUUAUAACAUGUCUCCUUAUAUGCCACUGGAAGGGGUUCAUCACAAAAUUUCAUCGAUUGAACACAUUGACGUAAAAGAUACGCUGUGGAAUUCUAUCUUGAAUUUAUUUGAGCAAAUUUUCACUCAAUUUUUACAACAAUAUUAUUCACAUGUACUCGGUUUGCAAGUAUUAGUAAAUACUUUUGCUAUCCAACCAGCUGUAGAGAUUGAAGAUACGGACUCUGACAAGAUAGCCAAUAUCCUGUUCUACGCCUCAAGAUGUCUAUUGGGCCACAUCAAUAUGUCCCCAGUGGCAGUUGAAGCGUGCGUAGUUGACAUUUUCAUUAACCAAAACAUCGAAAAUAUACAGAGGAUUCGUCGUCAUGGGUCCUAUCACAAAUCUGAAAUUGUACCGAAGACUAUUACUAUUUCCAGUCGCAAUUUUGCAACCGGUGUUCCAAAUGCAUUGAGCCAGUUAAUUGUUAUAAAUCAAAAUGGUUUAAAUUGCGAUGGCGAGAUGUUCUUUAGAACCACCGGCAAAGCAUUGCAGUCUUUGAUAACACGUCAUCCGGAUGAAAAAUCGGACAGCGUAGAAGUGGCCAGGGAGGCUUUAAGAAGGGCUUCUAUUCUAGGGGAACCAAUAAAGAUACAUCAAAGGCUAACAAGAUACAAAAACAAACAUUUGGGUCUCCGUCCGUUAUCUGUCCAUGACUCAAUGGGUCAACAUUUAAUGGAAAUCAUUGGAAAUUCAAGAUAUUUGAACGAUACUUAUUGGGCGCAUGCAGCACUGGACAAAAUUGGAAAAUCUAUAAUUAUUGUUUCUUUAGAGUAAGUAAUUUCCAUACUAGAUAAAAGUGAUUAACAUUUUUAAAUAGUUACCUGUGUCUAAAACUUUAAACAUAGAAAAGUCAACGUCAAUUCAGAUGAAAAGUAGAUUUGAGCGAAGACGUGAUUUUUCAAUCACACUUUGAAUCGUUACUGUGAUUAGUAAAAUUAAAUGAGGUUGUUUCCUCAAAAUCAUUAAUAAAUUAAACAUUGGUUAAUAUUUGUCUGGACAACAUAUAAAAAAUUAAACUAAUUAUAAGUAAUAGUAUUAAAAUUUGCCCAUUUGAAACUUUCACCGUAAAGUAGAGUUCAUUUAUGAAUUAGACAUGUCAUAAGAAUAAACAAAUGUCGACUAUGGGGUCCAUGGGAAAUAGAAUGGGUGGUAGAUUUGGACGACAUCAUUUCUAUGCCAAAAAUUAAUUGCACGGACUUAUUACUCAACAUGAGACAGAACGAUUCCACGUCGGGAAAACUCCAACAGAUCAAAAUCAUGGGCCAAAAAGAAAUGCUGAUUUGGCUGCACGAGAAAAUCGAACAGGCCAUUAUAGUAAGCAUGGAAGAAAAAUCUUGGGGACUCGCAGAAAAUUAACGUGAGAAAAAUGAAUUGAGGAAUUGACGUUUUUUUUAACAGAGAUAAAUAUAUGAUAAAGAAGAUAUACUAUACGUUAGAAUUUUGUGUAUAUUUUGAAUGAUUGUAAAAUAUUGUCAGAG